GUCCACGGAGCCCGUGUGUCUGACAGCUCUGGAAAGCCGUGUUAAACUGCAAAGAUUUUUCUUUUCUUUUCUUUUGUCCAGCAGAGAAGAUAACCCCGCAGAUGGAGGUCUGGCUGCCUCGUGGGAACUGCUCGGCGUGGCAUGAGCUCAGCCCUCCCGUUUCAGCAAUGCCGUUCCCACUGUCCUGCAAACCCGGUUCUCAUGUCCUCGGGGAAACGGGCGUUGUCUCUCAGCGAGUCCUUGGCAGGUGCCCGCCAGGAUGAAGGCCCGCGAGGCGUUUUGGGGGAUCAUUGUCCUGGCAGCCUGCUUCUCUUCCAUCAAGUCGCAGAGGAUCGCCUGCAGGGAGGCCUCCGUGGGCGACGUGGUGUUUCUGGUGGAUGGCAACGUCAGCCCGCAGCAUGCCCGCAGUGUGCGGAACUUCCUGCAGACCAUGGUGAACGGCUUCAACGUCAGCGGGGAUGCCGUCCGGGUGGGUCUGGCCCAGGCCGGCGACGUGCCCCGCUCAGAGUUCCUGCUUGCCACCUACCCCCGCAGAAGCGACGUUCUGAAACACAUCCAGCGGCUCCAGUUUCAGCCUGGCAGCAGGAAGACGGGCCUGGCCCUGCGGUUCCUCCGAGACCACCACUUCCAGGAGGCGGCUGGGAGCCGGGCCCACCAGGGCGUGCCGCAGGUCGCCGUGGUGGUCAGCAGCGGCCCGGCUGAGGACCCGGUUCGCGAGUCCGCCGAGGCCCUGAAGAGGGCAGGGGUCCUGCUGUACGCCGUGGGCAUCCGAGAUGCGGUGCAGGCCGAGCUCAGGGACAUUGCCAGCCGUCCCGAGGAGAGGUUCGCCGCUCGCGUCCCCACCUUUUCUGCUCUGGGUGGUCUGGGGCAGAAGCUGCGGAGAGAGCUCUGUGACACGCUGGCUCAGACAGCUCUGCCUGCUGACCCCUCUGCUGACCCCGUCGCUCCAGAGCCCGGCAAGGCCUAUGCAGACGUGGUCUUCCUGGCUGACACCUCGCAGGCUACGUCCGGGGCCAGUUUCCAGUGGAUGCGGAGUUUCAUCUCGGGAGUGAUCCGCGAGCUGGAGGUCGGCAGGGACAAGUACCGGAUUGGGCUGGCUCAGUAUGGCGGCCAGGGUCACACGGAGUUCUUGCUCAGUACCUAUAAGACCCGGGAGGAAGUGAUUGCUCACAUCAACACGCACUUCGUGCUCCGCGGGGGCCCCAGGAGGACCGCCCAAGGUCUGCGGUACCUUCAUCAGACCCUCUUCCGGGACGCAGCAGGGAGCCGGCUUCUCCAGGGCGUCCCCCAGUACGCCGUGGUCAUGACCUCGGGCAAAUCCGAAGACGACGUUUGGGACGUGGCACAGAUCCUGAGGGACAGGGGCGUGAAGGUCGUGUCUGUGGGUGUGCAGGACUUCGACAGGAGCGAGCUAGCGGCCAUGGGGUCCCCGGACCUCAUGUUCGAGCUGCGCGGAGGGGACGGGGUCAGGCAGCUGACGCGGGAGGUGAGCGUGGCGAUCCACGGCGUCGAGGAGGCCGAGCUCACAGCCCAAGCCCAGGAGGAGGCUGCAGUAGUGUGCCCCACCGCCAUCCCGGCCGACGUGGUCUUCCUCGUGGAGGAGUUUGGCAGGACUGGGCGAUCCAAUUUCCUACAAGUCGUCGAUUUCCUCAAGACCGCCGUCAGCUCUCUGGACGUCCGCCCCGACGUGGUGAGAGUCGGCCUGGUGUUUUACAGCGAGGAGCCGCGACUGGAAUUCUCGCUGGGUACGUUUCGGAGCCCAGCGGGAAUCCUGGCGCACCUGGACAGAUUAGCCUACCGGGGCCGGAGGGGCCGGACGAGGACGGGUGCCGCGCUGGACUUCCUCCGGAGAGAAGUCUUCGUUCCCGAGAAGGGCAGCCGGCCCCACCGGGGCGUGCGGCGGAUCGCCGUGGUCAUCACGGAGGGCUUCUCGCAGGACAAUGUGUCCAGACCCGCCUCCCUCCUCCGCAGAGCGGGGGUCACCAUCUACGCCGUGGGGACCCAGCGCGCCGCGGAGAGAAAGGAUCUAGACAAGAUGGCCUCGUACCCUCCUUGGAAGCACGCCAUGCCCCUCGAGUCCUUCUUGCAGCUCUUCAGGGUGGAAAGCAAGCUCACAAAGCAGCUAUGCCCCGAGACGCCCGUGGGCACGACGGUCUCCAUUGCCGGGGCGGCCGAGACCCCGCCGAAAGAUUGUGUCCUCAUCGGAAGGGCAGAUGUCUACUUCCUUAUCGAUGGGUCGGGCAGCAUCUACCCGGAUGACUUUCUUGACAUGAAGGCGUUCAUGAACGAGAUGAUAAAGAUGUUCCAGGUGGGGCCUGACAGAGUCCAGUUUGGCGUUGUCCAGUACUCAGAUGGCAUCCAAAGCAAGUUUACCCUCGGCCAGUACCCCAGUGCGGGGCAGCUGGAGAUGGCCAUCAGAGACAUUCAGCAGGCCGGGGGUGGGACCAACACAGGGGAGGCCUUGGAUCACAUGACGCAGGUCUUUGCGGACACUGCUCGGGCCGGCGUGACGCGGUACCUCAUAGUCAUCACUGACGGCAAGUCUAUGGACCCCGUGGCUGGGCCUGCAGCGAGACUCAGGGACGGCGGAGUCAGCGUUUACGCCAUUGGAGUGAGAGAUGCCAACACCACAGAGCUGGAGGAGAUCGCGCAUGACCAGGUGUUCUUCGUGCACGACUAUGACAUCUUGAAGGACAUUCAGAAGGACGUGGUCCAGCUCAUCUGCUCGGAGCCCUGCACGAAGAGGAAGGCCGAUAUCAUCUUCCUCAUAGACGGCUCGGAGACCAUCUCCCCCGCGGACUUCGAGAAGAUGAAGGGGUUCAUGGAGCGGAUCGUGAACAAGUCUGACAUUGGUGCCAACGGGACGCAGAUCGGCCUUCUGCAGUUCAGCUCGAUUCCCCGGGAGGAGUUCCGGCUCAACCAGUACCCGUCCAGGGUGGACAUCCGCAGAGCCAUCCGGAGCGUCCAGCAGAUGAACGAGGGCACCUGCACCGGGAAGGCCCUCAGUUUCACUCUGCCUUUCUUCAGCGGUCCGAGAGGGGGCAGAGCCAGCGUGGCCCAGUACCUGAUUGUGAUCACGGACGGGGUUGCCCAGGAUAACGUCGUCCCACCAGCCAAGGCCCUCAGGGACAGGGACGUUGUGAUCUUUGCCAUUGGGGUGGGCAACGCUCACCCAGCUCAGCUUUUUGAGAUUACAAAUGACCAGGACAGAGUAUUCUGUGAAGACAAUUUCGAGUCCUUGAAGAUACUGGAGAAGAAAAUCGUCGACGAGGUGUGCAGCCCGCCAGGAUGCAACAUAGACCUGUCUGUAGGAAUUGAUAUCUCAACUACCUCAAGACAACUUCAUAAUAAGCUUCAAAAGCUACUCCCAGAGCUGAUGCAGCAGUUGGCUUUGCUCUCUAACACCAGCUGUGGCACUCCUGAGCAGCUGACUCCGAGGUUCCGAUACUUGGUACCCGGCUCAAGUGGCCAGCUUACUUUUGACUCAGGCUUUGAGAAGUACAGUGAUGAGAUCAUCCAGAAAUUCUUGGUUCACCAGGCUGCCAGGAACAGCUACAUGAAUGUGAACUUUCUGCAGUCCCUGGGAAAUAAUACUGUCCAACUUUCUACUGCUAAAGUGAAGGUCCUGAUGGUGUUCUCAGAUGGACUGGACGAUGAUUUGUGGAGACUGAAGAGAACUUCAGAGCUUCUCCGGGGCAGCGGGCUCUCUGCACUUCUCAUCAUCAACCUGGGGGCGCAGAGGCUGGAGGAGCUGCAGGAGCUGGAAUUCGGCCGAGGGUCUGCCUAUAAGCAACCUCUGAGCGUCACGCUGCCAGGCCUCCCGAGCACCUUGCUCAAGCAACUUGUCACGAUUGUCGAACGGGCAUGCUGCAAUAGGUACCCCGAGUGUCCUGGAGAAGAGGGUCACAGAGGUGACGGCGGGAGUCCUGGGAGGAAGGGAGAGAAGGGCUUUAAUGGGUUGCCCGGUCAUCCUGGUGAUGAAGGUGGAUAUGGAGAAAGAGGUCCCCAGGGUCUUCCUGGACUCCGAGGUGACCACGGCUGCCCAGGUGCGAGGGGACCCAAGGGAGCAAGAGGAUUUUCAGGAGAGAAGGGUGACUUGGGUGACGAAGGUGCGGACGGGCUACACGGCGAACAGGGUGAUCGUGGAGUCCCGGGGUUAUCUGGAGAAAAAGGGAAUACGGGAAACCCGGGUUUGGCAGGACCACCAGGACAACCUGGGGAGCGUGGCGAUCCUGGGUUCCGGGGAGACCCUGGGGAUCCUGGAGUUGAUAGUUAUAUCCAAGGCCCUAAGGGAGAACAAGGAAGACGAGGGCACCAGGGACGUUCCAGUUUUGAUGGACCUCGGGGGGAAACUGGAAGUGCCGGCCCUCAGGGGCCAAGAGGAAGACAAGGCCUGCCCGGGUUGAAGGGUGUACGCGGAGAGUCCGGGGAACAGGGUCGCCAAGGAGAGAUCGGGCAUCCCGGCUCACAGGGACCAAGAGGAAGUCAAGGCCCACCUGGAGACUUGGGACGAGAAGGCCUCCCCGGUGCUAAGGGGGAUCUUGGGCCUCCAGGGCCAGGCGGUUCACCAGGCAAAGAUGGGCCCAGAGGAAUGAAGGGAGAGCGUGGCGUAGCUGGUGAAAGAGGCCCCCAGGGUCGGCCAGGACCGAGCGGGCACCCCGUAAGUCCAGUCUGUUCCCACUUCCUGAUGGACAUUUUC